AUAUAUAUAAAAGAGAGAGAGAGAGAGAGAGAGGGGCAAACUAAAAGGAGGAGACAAGGAGGAAUUAUUGGUUUCCCUUGUAGGUUGCGGAGCGGGCGCCGGUGAGCUAAGCUGAAGCUGAAGGCUUGAAGCUGAGUUGAAGCUGCACGUAGGAUCGAGAGAUAUAUAUGGGAAAGGCAAGGAGCAUAGGGAUAGGGAUGGACUACUCUGCCACGAGUAAAGCAGCGCUCAGGUGGGCGGCAGAGAAUCUGGUGGAUGCAGAUCAGGACAGUCUCAUCUUGAUCCAUGUUCAACCCCCCAAAUCCGAUCAUUCCCGCAAGCUCCUCUUCGAAGACACCGGCUCCCCUUUGAUACCAUUGGAGGAAUUCAGAGAGAUCAACUUGUCCAAACAGUAUGGCCUAACCUAUGAUCCUGAGGUCCUUGAUAUCCUAGAUACCCUCUCCCGGUCCAAAGGGACUAAGGUGGUGGCAAAAGUCUAUUGGGGGGACCCAAGAGAGAAGCUGAGUGAUGCCAUUGAAGAUCUCAGACUCGACUCGCUUGUCGUGGGGAGCAGGGGAUUAGGCCCUCUUAAAAGGGUGUUGCUGGGGAGUGUAAGCAACUAUGUGGUGACGAAUGCCUCAUGUCCAGUCACAGUGGUGAAGGGUGCCAAGCCUUAAUAAUGAUAAUCAUAACUAAAAUGAGCGAGCAAGCUAGUAUGCAUACCUACAUUGACCUGCCAUUGUGUGUGAGUAAUGCUCGAUCGUCUUUCUCAGUGUUAUCAUUAUUAUCAUUAUUAUUACAUUUUGGAUUGAUUGAUAUGUCGACUGAACAGUAAUAAAACUAGUGCAGUCCGCACUGCAGCGCAGCGUCUGCUCUUAACUCUCAUAUCAUGCGGAAAAUGCAUUGAGAUGUCAGCCUCUGUAAUUUUGUUUCCUUGCUUGUCCAUCUGUACAAUACAUACGUACAUACAUGUGUAUUCAUUAUGUGUAAUAUGUCAAUGGACUUAUUGCGUAUGAUUUGGCUUUGCCAA